GAAAGGAACGAACAAAGCAGAAAUAAUCGUUGAAUUAUGGUGAGUGAGUCGAGUCAUAUGAUAACGUGGCAUAUUUGAAUCGUAGGAUAAGCAAUCCAAAGAGAGAGACGCAGUCCGUCUGGGGUUCUGUUAUAUUCUUAUUGGCAUUAUUUAUUAAACUGACGCACUCAGACAGACCAUGCCAACAACUACUCUUGUAAGUGUAAAACCACCACCACCACAUUCCCCUAUUUUAUUAAAGAAGAAUUCCAAUUUUAUCCCCGCCCGCGUAUCUCAACGUUCUCCACAUUCAUUCCGCGUCUCUUCUCUCUCUCUCUCUCUCUCAGAUAUGGAUACUUCCUCUGGUCAAAGCAUCCUUUACCCAUUGCAUCGUUGUAAAACUCUUCACCUGGUUAGACAUGCCCAAGGGUUUCACAAUGUUGAAGGAGACAAGAACCCUGAUGCGUACUUAUCUUAUGAUCUUUUUGAUGCAAGUCUCACCCCUCUCGGCUGGAAGCAGGUCGAUAAUCUGAGACAGCAUGUUAAGGCAAGCGGUCUUUCCAAAAGAAUUGAACUAGUUAUUGUUUCCCCCUUGUUGAGGACCAUGCAAACAGCAGUUGGAGUCUUUGGUGGUGAGGCACACACUGAUGGAGUUGAUGCCCCUCCUCUGAUGAAUGAGAAUGUGGUUAAUAGCAGUCGUCAUGCAAUUUCUAGUCUGAAUUCGCCACCAUUUGUAGCAGUAGAGCUUUGCCGCGAGCAUUUGGGGGUGCAUCCUUGUGAUAAGAGAAGAGGCAUCAGUGAGUACCAAAAUAUGUUUCCGGCAAUUGAUUUUUCACUAAUAGAGCGCGAUGAGGACAUUUUGUGGAAACCCGAUAUUAGAGAGAAGAAUGAAGAAGUUGCUGCCAGGGGACUGAAAUUUUUGGAAUGGUUAUGGACACGCAAAGAAAAGGAGAUUGCUGUUGUUAGCCACAGUGGUUUUCUAUUCCAUACUCUAAGUGCUUUCGGAAAUGAUUGUCAUGCAAAUGUGAAGAGUGAAAUCUGCACACACUUUGCUAAUUGUGAGCUGCGUUCCGUGGUCAUCAUUGAUAGGGGGACGAUUGGAUCAGAUGAGUCCUCUACCAACUUUCCUGGCAAAAUUCCACAGGGCCUUGACCUUCCCAGUGAUGUUGCUGACGAGAAACUUUCUGGGAGUGGGCCAUCAAAGUAACAUGAUGAUGAGCUUUUCUCCUGUCAACAUUUCAAGAUGAUGAUGACAACGAUUGCUCCAAUUUAACAUUCAUCAAUGGCCAUUGAUUUUUACAUGUAAACAUUAAACACAUUUAUUUACUUUCUCAUGAUACAUUUUAACCUCUGGCACCUUCUUUCACCCUAAAAAGAAGGGAAGUAAAUAUCUGUGAAAGUAUUGGUGGUAGCCAAAAAGGCAAUCAAAGUCGGAGCCAUGGUAUAAGUAGUUUUAAAAUUGUUAAUUAUUAUUAAUAAUCCGAAUCUUAUUUGAGUGCGAAUCA